UAAACCGCGUUGUUUUAGACAAAACAUAAAAAAACCGGUAUCCCAACAUCCAAUGCUCCGUUCCCAUCCAAUCCUCGGAACAUCAUCGUCCGUUUGUUAUCCAUACAUUUUUGUUCUUUUCAGACCUAGAUUCAUGGGUUUUCCUCUCCUUUUUUUGUUCGGAAUUUUCAUUUCGAAUUCUUUCAUUUUGGGAAUUUGAUUUCUUUGUUUUUUUUUUUAACUUAGAAUGAUUUCUAGCCAUGCGUUGGCUUCAAAAUAUUUCCUUCUCUUCUUCUUCUUCUUCCACAGCCGCCACGCCGGCAACUUCUCCCGGGAAACAUUUGCAAGAUAAUAAUAAUAAUACUACUACUAAUAAUCAUGAUAGUAAUCAGCGUAAUCAAUCUCGUCACAAUUACUUGGGGUUUCGCAUUGCGGGGCCGAAGCUGAUGAGGCAAAGGGAGCUGAGGCGUCUCAGCGACCAGGAGGUUUCGCCGGCGAAGGAGGUGGCGGCGCCGCUGUCCAAGUCGCCCAGUGCUUAUGAUACUCCAUUGUCAUCGUCGGCUCCGGCUCCGGCUUCGAGGACAACAUCGUCGGCGUUGGCAGUGCCGUUGCCGCUUCCGCUUCCGGUUCCCGAAGUAGACGGGGAUCAGCGGUUGCCGUCGCCGAGUGAGGUUGGACAUGGUAAAGGUUUAGAGGAUAGAGAUAGAGAAAAAGCAGAUGGAACGCCUUCGAAUUCAAGUAUGUUUGCUUCUCGUGACGCAAGGAAGAGGGUAGAGCACAUUGAGACAAGAUCACCCUCUAAGGUAUUACAUCAAGAAGUAAAUAGAGGGGAUAGUUCUCGGGAUGAGUUUAGGGUGAAUGUUCCUAUUAGGAGUGCUCCUACGAGUCCUUUCACCAGUCCUGUAAUUAGCCCGCACAGAACGAGUACUGGUGACCUGUUUCCACACUACAUGGUUCCUACAGGAAAUCAAGUCUGGUCCGCACCAGAGAUGGCAACAUUGGAUGUUCCAGGGCUUCCUCCCCCAGCAUUCUAUGAUUACACUGCAUUUAGCACUGAUAAUACUCCGCUUCACAGUCCACCGAAUAGAAGUCCUCAACGAAAGAAUAGAAGCCAAAGUGGAUCCGCUUCACCAAUACAUCAUAGGUUGUCACUUGAGAUCUCAUCAUCCCGACCUGAAAAUAGUUGCCCUAUCAAUGUUCAUCCGCUACCUCUUCCUCCAGGAGCAGCCAUGGCUUCUCCAUCAGCUCUUAUUCCUCAAGUUACAACUAAACCAGAGCCGUUGCCAAUGAAUUGUCAAUGGCAAAAAGGCAAGCUUAUUGGGCGUGGUACAUUUGGAAGUGUUUACGUUGCCAGCAACAGAGAAACAGGAGCUUUAUGUGCAAUGAAGGAAGUUGAGAUAUUUCCUGAUGACCCAAAAUCUGCAGAGUGUAUAAAGCAACUAGAGCAGGAGAUCAAGGUUCUUAGCCAACUCAAGCAUCCAAAUAUAGUGCAGUAUUAUGGUAGCGAAAUUGUUGAAGACAAGUUCUAUAUAUAUCUGGAAUAUGUUCAUCCUGGUUCAAUUAAUAAAUAUGCUCGUGAUCACUGUGGUGCCAUAACAGAAUCUGUUGUUCGCAAUUUUACACGCCAUAUUCUUUCUGGGCUGGCUUACCUGCACAGCACAAAGACAAUCCACAGGGAUAUUAAAGGGGCUAAUUUGCUUGUUGAUGCAUCUGGAGUUGUCAAGCUUGCUGACUUUGGGAUGUCCAAACAUCUUAGUGGACAAAGAGCUGAUCUUUCUUUGAAAGGAAGCCCAUACUGGAUGGCUCCAGAGCUCAUGCAAGCUGUGAUGCAGAAAGAUAACAGUUCUGAUCUUGCUCUAGCUGUUGAUAUAUGGAGUUUGGGUUGUACAAUUAUCGAAAUGUUCACCGGUAAAGCACCAUGGAGUGAGUAUGAAGGGGCUGCAGCUAUGUUUAAAGUGAUGAGGGAUACUCCUCCCAUACCCGAAACAUUAUCACCUGAGGGCAAGGAUUUCCUACGCUGCUGCUUCCGAAGAAAUCCAGCAGAGAGACCAUCUGCAAGCAUGUUAUUAGAACAUAGAUUUGUGAAAAGCUCACCACAGUCGGCUGCCUCAUCGAGCGCCUCAUCAUUUAAUGGAAAAAAGUCCAUGGAUAUUCCCCUUAGUCCAAGAGAGCGAUCUGAAUUUAAACUGGAUCAAUUGCCAGUUCAGCAAAGCUUGCGAAGUUCAAAAUCUGUGACUCCUGACGGUGAGACUGCACAGCGAUCUCAUUACAAGACUUCCGACUUAACAAUGGCCCCACGUUAUUCACCUCGUUCAACCCUUGAGGCUCUUCCUAGUUUGUCUCCUCCACGCUCAGGUCAAAAUACUUAUCAUCCCAAUCCUUCCGGUACCAUUAAUGUGUCUAUCAACCAGGAGUCGAAGAAGAACCAAACUUUCAGAUGAUGUUGAGGAGAGGAAGAAGCACUGUACAUUAUUUUCAAGGGUUCUGCUGAUAAGGCAGCUUGAAGCAUUGCGAAGGUGACCUCAAAAGGUGCUGUCUGAUUUGUGGCAAUGGAGAGCUGAACUAAAAGCUCCUUACCCAAUGUGUCAUCAAUGCCUCGUUGAAGUUCCUGUAGGCUUUUCAUCCUGGAAGCACAUCCUGAAUCAGGUUUUUGUAUACUAGUAAUAUUUUUUUAGAGCUUCCGAAAUUAAGAAAGCUCUUUUUUCAUGUAUAUUUAACAUAAGGUGGCGUUCUCAUCUCCAUGUAAAUAUGGAGUCGAAUGAAUUAGUAGAUUUUAGAAGGUUUAA